AUGGAAGGACUAACACCGAAUGCCUCAGUUUUCCAGUUGAUUGAAUCUCUUCGUUCCAACCACUCCAAGUGUUAUGACGAUUACUUGUGUGACCAUCCAGGAAUGAGUCAAGCGAACCACUACGUGCUCGGGUUUGCCUGUUUCUUCCUGUGCCUCGGAGGGAUCGUGAGUAACUUGGUCCUGCUCCCAGCAUACAAUCUGGGCUUGAAUCGAUCCGGAGCCACCGUCUACCUGACUGCCAUGGCCGUGUUAGAUCUACUCUAUUUGUUCCUCGCUUUGGUCAUGGUGGUUUCUCGUUACAUGACAAGUGACUUUCAGGAACAAAUGGUUUCAUACGCCCGCUUCUCAGCUCGCCUUGUUCCAGUUGGUUUACCUUUGAUGCAAAUGUGUGAGCUCGUUGUGGUUUGGCUCGUUGUAGCGCUGCUAGCCAAUCGGUUGAUGUAUCUGAAAUUCGGUUGUCAAGCCAAGUUGUUGUGUUCCCAGUUACAAGCGUUCAAGUCAGUCGCUGCUCUGAUCGCGUUUGGCGUGGCUUAUUCUGGCUGUAAAUUUUUGGAGUACAGACUGGAAGAAUUCAACUCAACGGACGUGGUGCGCGUCGUAUUCACGCCAGUUGGGGGAACUUCACUGUACAAGAACUUGAUGUACCAUUGGCUCAAGGUACCACUUCAAAUGUUCCUACCGUACCUCAUUGUGGGUGUGCUCAUCUCUGUGGUCGUCAGUAAAAUGUUGAACUUGCAUACCUCAAAGUGGAAGGCAGUCGCCAGUCUUUGUAACGACACCGCUUGCGCUUGUGUUUGCCGCACAGGGGUUUGUGGUUCCGAGUGUCAAGAAGGUGCUUUCAAACGCAUAGCACCCCCGACAGUGCAAAUUGUACACGCUUCUCGCAACCAAUCUGCCGCGGAUAUCACGCCGGAAGUACGCAUCGACCAACCGUCAGUACACAAUCCACCGUCGAAUACGGGCGGGAAGCUAAUGAAGCAUGUCUCCACCGAGGCUCUAGAUCCAAUCGAAGAGGAAUUAGCUUACCUCUUUUUCGAAUUGCCUCACGUGGACGAGACACGAGAGCACGCCAAUGUGGUUACUGCUGUUUGUAUUGGUCUCUUGCUACUCUUGUUCAAACUACCAAAGUUCUUGUCGCACGUCUUGACCACAGAAGACUAUAUCCACUAUGAUCCUGUCGUGGUUACAAUGGUCGAUCACUUUUUGGAUACCAUUUUUGCCGCCUGCAAACCAUCCGUGUGCAUUUUGGUUGGUGCACACUUUAGGCGUGUGCUACUUACGCCCGCGCAAUGCUGUCUGAUUCACUCAACAGAAGCGGUUAUUGCUGUCCGUUCCCCUGAGACAAAUCCGGAUGUGGAGAUGCAAGAUCUUUCCGCCGUGUAAUUUCUGAAGCACUGUCAUUUCCCUGUUCGUACGUGCAAUACCAUACACUAGUCUUCAUUGUCUGAGAUCGGCUAUUAGUUUUCAUUUGUUUCCCUAUUAUGCUACACACACUCUAUGUAACCGCAUUUUAUCCAUCCUCUCUAUCAGCACGUUUUGCUAUAUCUCUCGGAGUCUUUCAAACAACUAGCGCCCCGUACGUCGUCGGUUUUGUUGUUGCAAACGUCCUAGUCAUUUCAUCUGACGGCAAAUAGGUGUAAAUUCGACACUCCCCACUACACUAUUGACUUUCAGUACCGUUGCUGUGAUAAACCGUCACUUUUUUCCGUUUACUGUCGUCUGUUGUAUUAGCACCUUGUUUCACGUAUACCACUUCAUACUGCAUUUAUCUCCGAUUUCCGGC